GGGAGGAACUACCUCUGUGUGACGACUCCACAGGGGGCUACUACAAGGAGAAUCUGCGUAUGUCGAGGGCGAUGUUCAACCAGAUUGUAGCCGCCUGCGCCGCGCACGUCGAGAAGAUUGUCACGCACUACAGAAUGCCGCUGCUAGUCGAGCAGGUAAUCGCUUUCGCGUUGUACAGAUGGGCAUCGGGGGAAACGUACGAGAGCGGGACGUCAGCCUUCGGUAUCGACAGGGCGACCGGCCUGCAGGCCGUCCGCGACGUCACUGCGGCGCUGCUAAACGCCUACCCCGACGCGAUCAAGUGGCCUGCUGGGCGUAGACGUGCGCAGAUUCUAUGCGCGUUCCGGGAUAAGGGUUUCGCGAACUGCUUCGGCGCCAUCGAUUGCACCCAUAUCUACAUUGACAAGCCAGCAGGAGCACCUUCCAUCAACUACUACGACCGCAAACAGAAGUUCUCUGUCCAAGCGCAGGUCGUCGUCGAUUUAGAUUUGCGUAUCCUGGACGUCCACGUCGGAUAUCCGGGAAGUGUCCACGACGUCCGUGUACUGCACAAUUCCCAUCUGUGGAGGCGUGCAGAAAGCGGCGACCUUUUCGAUGCACCUCCGGAGAAUCUCCCACACGGUGUGGUAACGCGAGGUUACCUGCUGGGCGACAACGGUUACCCGGUUGCGUGUCCAUGGAUCAUCCAACCGUACGGAGGAAUCUUCCAGGGUCCUGACGAAGAGCGUUUUGACACGCGGCAGAAGGUGGCGCGGGGAUGUGUGGAGCGGGCGUUUGGGCGACUGAAGUGCAUGUGGCGUCUCUUUUUGCGCACCCACAAGACGAACCUUCAAACCUUGCCACAACAAUUCGUGGCCGUGUGCACUCUCCACAACAUCCUGCUGGACGAGGGUGUUGAUUUCGACAAGAACCUUCUGUGGGAGGUUGACGAGAACGGCGUUCGGCGGAGAGUCGACUUGGGCAUUGUGGGGAACGGCGGUGGUGGGCGGCGGCAGUGCACCAACGUCGACGACGACUUGUUGCGGGAUGCGCUUCGAGACCGCCUGGCUUUAAUGCUGCUACGAAAGCCCCACCCCCCGCCGACGAACACCAUCGUCGUCUCAGUCGUCGUCGUCCUCCUCCCGCGUGGCGUUCAGCUGUCUUCGGCAUCAUCAUCGUCGUCGUCGUCGUCCUCGCACGCCGGAGGGCCUGUGCCCAACCAUUCAAGCCCUCUUGCCUCGUCGGGUCCACUCAAACUCGCGUCAUGGCCGAAUUUCACCCCGCACUUAGCCCAGUCCGGGAUGAAAUUGGACGCGUGGCCCAAUGUCAACUGCGCUUUCUUCAGUCGCUCGGUGGAGUACCUCGUCGCCAUCGCCAGAGGAGUUCCUUUGCCGAAGGUCCCGAGAAGUGUAGCCUUGCCGAGGUCGAACGUCACGGUGACGAGGCUCACUGAUUCCGCGCAGUUGCAGGGGGCGACUAAUCGCGCGUCGAAAUGCCAGAACGUGGUGAUGCGUGUUCUGCACGGAUGGGUCUUCAAGUCGGGAAGCAGGGAGAGGGGGUACACUCUCGCCUUCCAGUACCUCCUUGAAUCGGUGGCCACGGACUUCGCGCGCGCGAUGUGGCUCAGAGAGGACUGGAGCAACAUCAUCAGCCCCGCCAUUUGCGCACACACUCUGGAGCUCAGGAUAGACCUGCCUCUGUGGUAUGCAGGUGCUUAAAUGGAAGACAGGCCCCGGGAUGACGACAUGGCUGCUUAUCAGGAAGCGGUUGUCAAGCGACUGAUUGCUGCGUUCAAU